CUAUCUGUCUCCUUCCGUCCUUAUCCACAGACCCAGGCCAGCACGCUUCUUCCUCGCCGUUAGGCUCCUCCAGCGCCGCGUGAAGCCCCCACCGGCCACCGCGCUGUCCUGCUGUUUCGCUCCGGCCGCGUAGUGCGAGGCUCCACCGCUCCUCUGCUGCUUCACUUCGAACCUGCCGCACGAGGCCCUCGCCGCCCUGCUCCAUCGCCAUCGCGUGCUGCUUCUCCACCGCCCUUCGCUGUUGCAGGCGCGCCUCUGCCCUUCCUCAACAUUGUAGGGCGCCGUUGCCUUCCCCAGCGCGCCAUCAACGAGCAAGGUCCGGGUUGGGGCAUUUUCGCUUUCGCCUAGGACGAUAGGAGGUGGGGGUGAUUGGUGAAGCCGCGGGGAGCCAGAUUUUUCAGCUCCGCCCGUUUAGCGUGAGCCGUUUCGUAGCAUCUCUCCGGCUUCGUUGGUAAAGUCAUUUUGAGCAUGCCCUUUUGGCAGGGCUUCAUCUGAAGCCGGUGAAAAAGCCCUGCCAAAGAGGGCCACAGGUUUCCCGUUAUUCGGCGCAGUUUUUUGGGCCAGGCCCGUCCAGGCCCAUUAUCAACUGAGCCCAGGAAUAUCUACGCGUUCCAACCAGUAUAUCGUUGUCGUUCGUCGGCCGUUGCUUGUCCACUCCACCCGCCCACCACCAUGCUCUCCGCCAUGGCCGCGCGUCCCGUGACCGUAGCGAGCAGCUCACCCCUCCUUCGUCUCCCAGCCCAGGCUGCUUCUGCUGCUUCCGGCACCUCCUCUUCCCCUGUGGUUCGUGGAGUCAAAUCGGAGGCGGCAGCGAAGCGCUCGCUCCUUCGUCGGUGCCCCAUGCUGCUGACCUCUGUGGCAGUGGGCAGUCUGGUUGCUGCUGGCGCUGCAAAUGCUACUGAGCUAUUGGAUCCUAUGCACGGAUCAUCAGGACUCCUCUUGGCUGACCUUGGCAUUGGAGAUUGGUUUGGAGGUUUGCUGUUUUCAGCUGGGCAGCAGGCUAAUGAGGCUGUUCAGGAUCAGCUAUCUGCUCUCAGUUUCUCUAGCUUAGCAGUCAUUUUUGGCGCUGGACUUGUAACUAGUCUGUCUCCUUGUACACUCAGUGUUCUACCAUUGACUCUAGGAUAUAUAGGGGCAUUCGGUUCUGGGAAAGGCCAGGCUGAGGUUGUUGGAAAUUCAAUAGCAUUUUCAUUAGGACUGGCAACAACCUUAGCUAUUCUUGGUGUUGCUGCCUCUUUUGCUGGAAAGGCUUAUGGGCAGGUUGGGCAAGGACUCCCAGUGGCUGCUUCUGGGUUGGCCAUUGUCAUGGGAUUGAAUCUUCUGGAGGUAGUUGAGUUGCAACUUCCCUCGUUUUUCAGUGAUUUUGACCCACGAACUGCUGCAGCUAACCUCCCUUCAAGUGCACAAGCAUAUCUUGCUGGUCUUACAUUUGCAUUGGCAGCAUCACCUUGCAGUACACCUGUUCUAGCUACCCUUCUGGGAUAUGUGGCCACUUCAAAAGAUCCAAUUGUUGGAGGAAGCUUGUUGUUGACAUAUACGACUGGCUAUGUUGCACCUCUUCUUAUUGCAGCUUCCUUUGCUGGAGUAUUGCAGAGUUUGCUGUCAUUCAGAAGAUACUCAGCAUGGAUAAACCCAAUCAGUGGUGCAUUUCUUCUUGGUGGAGGAGUUUAUACCUUACUGGACAGGGUGUUUCCUGCAACAUCCAUGGUAAUGUAGUCCUUGCUGGACAAGAACUGCAUGGCAACGAUCUGUUGAACAUGAUCCAAAUGUAAGAAGAAAAGUAGCUAACUUAUGCUAACAAUGUGUAUAGUUAUGUACAGUGGCUCGGGACAACCAAAACAUCUUGACCUUAAUAGACUGUUUGGGCCUCGAUAAUUAGAGCUUGGAGGUCUACUCUGCUAAAAUUUUAUUCCUGGAUAUUUUAUCAUGUUCUAAUAUCAACUGUGCGAAACUUCAGCUGGC